UGGUUAGCAAGUUGUCAUUUGGCAAGUCGAAUUGAAAACAUCAUUAGGAUUAGGCCAUUGAAGCAGCAGUAUAAUCAGCAAACAAUACGAAAUAUUUGAACAAUUGUUAAGAUUUACGAGCUGUUCUGUCAAGUUUUGUAUUGACUGCAAGUGACAACGAAACAUGUCUUAUCAAUUGUAUCGGAACACCACUCUUGGGAAUACUCUGCAGGAGACGCUGGAUGAGUUGAUACAGUACGGGCAAAUAACUCCUGCACUGGCAGUUCGGGUGUUGGUUCAGUUCGACAAAUCAAUCAACGCUGCUCUAUCCAAUCGGGUGAAAUCUCGGGUUACGUUCAAGGCGGCGAAACUAAACACCUAUCGAUUCUGCGACAACGUUUGGACACUAAUGCUAAACGAUGUCGAAUUUCGCGAAGUGCACGAAUUUGCAAAGGUGGACAAGGUGAAGAUUGUGGCGUGCGAUGGAAAGAAUGCUAACGUAAAUGACGAUAUCGGACGAACUGAUCGAUAGGAUAUGUCCUGUCAUCCAAGUGAGGCGUUGGUUUCGACAAAAGCACAAUAUUUGAUUACAUGAUUUGCUACUGUAAUAUGUUUAUUAAUCUAUAUGGUAGAAUAAAAUUAAUCAUCUUCACUGGUUAAAA